CUAAGCUUUGUUGACGGGCGGUUGGCUCCACCUUCCUCCCUGGAAGACUCCAGCAGACAGGCGGGUGAGCCAGUUCACCUCUUCACCGCCGGUUAGGAGAGCAGACGUCCAGGCCGCUCAGAGUCCUCCACUCAGAGCAUCGCUGGAUACGGCGCAGCACGUCCGCGGGCAUUUGGCGGCCUUUUGUUUCACAAGUUGAAGGAACCCGACUGAAGGGCUUAGAGAGAGGAGCGCACUUGAAGCAACAACAGACAACUCUGGUGCCAACAUGCAGAAGCAGGUGGAGGUGAGGAUGCAUGAGAGCCAGCUGGAGCCGGUGGAGAAGGCCGAGGAGUCGGCGUGCGGCGGCUGCUGCGACAAGAUCAUGAACAACAUGGUGCUGACGCUGACCAUCCUGGGUGUGUUUCUGGGCUCCAUCUCCGGCAUGCUGCUGCGUCACAUCGCGCCGCUCCCUCCUGACGUGGUCAUGAUCAUCUCGUUCCCUGGAGAGAUCCUGAUGAGGAUGCUGAAGAUGCUGAUCCUGCCGCUGGUGGUGUCCAGUCUGGUCACAGGCCUGGCCGGUCUGGACGCCAAGUCCAGCGGGCGUCUGGGCACGCGGGCCAUGGUAUACUACAUGUCCACCACGGUGAUCGCCGCCGUCCUGGGGGUGAUCCUGGUCAUCGUCAUCCACCCGGGGAACCCCAAGCUGAAGGCCAACCUCGGCCACGGCAAGAAGAACGACGACGUCUCCAGCGUGGACGCCUUCUUCGACCUCAUCCGGAACCUCUUCCCCGAGAACCUGGUGCAGGCCUGCUUCCAACAGAUCCAGACGGUGAUGACUAAGGUCCCGGUGCCCACCAACAGAACCAGAGGCCCCUCCAGGUUCACCAUCAAGAGGUCCCUGCAGUUCAAGGGCGGCAUGAACGUCCUCGGUCUGAUCGGGUUCUUCGUGGCCUUCGGGAUCAUCAUGGGGAAGAUGGGGGAGAAGGCCCGUCUCAUGCUGGAGUUCUUCAACAUCCUGAACGAGAUCGUCAUGAAGCUGGUCGGAGCCAUCAUGUGGUACUCCCCCCUCGGUAUCGCCUGUCUGAUCUGUGGUAAGAUCAUCUCCAUUGCCGACCUGGAGGUGGUGGCCCGUCAGCUGGGCAUGUACAUGGUGACCGUGAUCGUGGGUCUCAUCAUCCACGGAGGCAUCUUCCUCCCGCUCAUCUACUUUGUCAUCUGCAAGAAGAACCCCUACACCUUCUUCAUGGGCAUCUUCCAGGCCUGGGUCACGGCCCUGGGAACAGCCUCCAGUGCCGGCACGCUGCCUGUGACGUUCCGCUGCCUGGAGGAGAACCUGGGCAUCGAUAAGCGCGUGACGCGCUUCGUUCUGCCGGUCGGCGCCACCAUCAACAUGGACGGCACCGCGCUGUACGAGGCCGUGGCCGCCAUCUUCAUCGCCCAGAUGAACGGCAUCGACCUGGACUGGGGCCAGAUCAUCACCGUGAGCAUGACAGCCACCCUGGCCAGCGUGGGAGCGGCCAGUAUUCCCAGUGCCGGGCUGGUGACCAUGCUCCUCAUCCUCACCGCGGUGGGCCUUCCCACGGAGGACAUCAGCCUGCUGGUGGCGGUGGACUGGCUGCUGGACCGCUUCCGCACGUCGGUGAACGUGGUGGGCGACUCGUACGGCGCGGGCAUCGUGUACCACCUCUCCAAGGACGAGCUGGACAGCUUCGACGCGCAGCAGAGCCGCCCGGAUGAGUUCGAGAUGGCCAAGACGCAGUUCUACGACAACAACACCAACCACCAGAACCAUGCCUACGCCUCGCACCAGCAGGCUGUGUUGAUAGACGACUGCAAGGUGACCAUGGGCAGGAACGGCAGGACAACAGAGUACUCAUUUGUUGAGGAGGAACCGUGGAAACGGGACUAAAGCGGCAGCACUCUGGUUCCCUCCGCUGACCUAACACCCAGCGACAUUAAGCCCCGGAGGACAGACCCCCCUGUAGUCCUGACUCCCACCCCGGCCUCCCCACGCCGCUCUACGUCUCACUGGUCCAACGCUCCGCAGUGUUCUCUCACCCCUCGGCCUUACCCCGUGCUGCCGCUCGGUGGUCGCUGGGGACAAGGGGGAGAUGUUCUUUGGAUGAAACAUCUUCCUUUUAUCUUUUAUUUAUGUGCUGCUUAAAGGCAAUUUGCUGAUGUGUUGUGAUAGGGAGAUAGCCUCUUUAACAUCAGGGAGCGAGCAGGAAGCCCCAGUACACCGGCCUGACCACAAACUAGUUGGUCAACCCCUCGAUAUCAGAACGAAGACAGCUUCACUCCUGGUCCAGCAGCAGACACAUCUCUGGGUUGAUUUUUAACGUCAUUAUUUGUGGGAAUUUCCAUCGUUUCUAAACUUUCUGCCUUUUCUUUGUAAAAGUGUUGAAUAAAGGAAGCAUCUGCUUGGUAAGGCAGGCAGCGCAGCAGAGCUUGUGUGGAAAGGUGAAGGAAGACUUACCUUUGACUCCUUGAGUAAGGGGAUUACCUGUGACCUGCGUGUCCACGUGGUCCUAAGUACGGAUUAGCUCCGCACUUAGACCUAAGAGGGCCGUGACGUGCGACAGCGUAAUUAAACACACACACACACACACACACACACACACACACACACACACACACACACACACACACACA